AUGUCCCCAGCGCAGAUCCAGGGCACUUUCACCUCUCCCCCAUGCCCCAAACCCAGCGGGACGGGGCCUCAGAGCCCCUCGGCCGCUCAAGGAGGAGGAUUUGAGACAACUGCACUGAACUCAGAAAUGCCUAAAGGGAGCAAGAGCAACCCCAAGGGACCAGCUCUGCAACUCCACCCAUCAGCAGCGGGAGGGUGAAGGUCUCCCCCCCGCCUUUUGGGGAUUUUCGGUGCUGCUUUCGGGAUUAACUUGCAACUUAGUCACAGCAGCAGGGCCGUUUUAUGGGGCACAAAUCGCGGUGAGCAGUGCCGCAAGGCUGAGCAGAAGAGCGGGCGAGUGCAGGAAGGGAGGCGUCUGCGGGCGAAUGACUCUGAGUUAAAUUUCCGCAUUUCGGACAAAGCUCACCCUGGUUCUAACUCCUCCCGUCCCUCGGUGCCGCAGGUUGGUGGCUUUGCCUGGGAGAACUGUGGCGACAGCAGGAACCCCGUGGUGCUGCAGAGCCUCUCCGUGGCGCCUGACCCCAUCAGCAUCCCGGGGAGCCUGCGUGUUAGUGCGGCCGUCAGCAGCAGCAAGACCAUGGCCUCCCCUCUGAAGGUGGUGCUGGUGGUGGAGAAGGCGCUGGGUGACCUCUGGAUCCAGCUGCCCUGCAUCGACCAGCUGGGCAGCUGCACCUACGACGACAUCUGCACCAUCCUCGACAACAUCAUCCCGCCCGGCACGCCCUGCCCGGAGCCCCUGCUCACCUAUGGCAUCCCCUGCCACUGCCCCUUCAAAGCGGGCUCCUAUUCCCUGCCAGCCAGCGACUUCGUCCUGCCUGACGUGGAGCUCCCUGCCUGGAUGACCAAUGGCAACUACCGUGUCCGUGUGGCUGUCAGCAAUGGCGGGGAGGAGCUCGCCUGCGUCAAGCUGGCCUUCUCCCUGCAGUCCCAGUGA